UCCCCUCCCCUUCUCUCUCACUCAGGCAUACAUACACUUUCAUGCGGAGACGGCAGGACUAGUAGCCUAUUAUUAUUUUCGUCCAGGUCGUUUUAAUCCGUUCUAGAGAAGCGUUUAUCAUGCUAAUGUCUCUUGGUUUACUGCUAUUUCCAACAGCCAACAAAAGUUGAAGUCUGACGUUUUAAUUAACGUUAAGUCGUCACUUGACUGCGAAUAUUUUUUCCAAUACGUGUUCUCAGGAGGAUAUAUAGUCGCAUUCAGCGGGAAAAACUGAAGGAAGCUCUUCAUACGGGAAGACUGGAUUUGUGUUUCGAGGCUUUGCUCGCCUGAGGCUCUCUCGCACCUGCCAGCAAAAUGUCUGCCCCGGAUGCCACUGCUAGCCCUGGAGCCCCAGAGGGUGAGGGGGGCCCAUCCACCCAACCUCCAAACCUCACCAGCAACCGUCGUCUCCAACAGACACAGGCCCAAGUGGAUGAGGUGGUUGAUAUCAUGCGUGUGAAUGUGGACAAGGUUCUGGAAAGAGAUCAGAAGCUAUCAGAACUGGAUGACAGGGCGGACGCACUGCAGGCCGGAGCAUCACAGUUUGAGAGCAGCGCUGCUAAACUGAAAAACAAGUACUGGUGGAAGAAUGCUAAGAUGAUGAUCAUGAUGGGAAUUAUUGGGGUCAUCUUGGUGGGUGUUCUUUUCAUGUACUUCUACUACUGAGCCUCUUGGACAGGAGACUUGGGCUUUGUGUGAACUCCACCCCUCCUUUUCUACCCACCAAUGCCUUUCAUUGAAUCCAGUGUGUGUGUGUGCAUUCAUUGACGCAGUGCCUCUCCCUCCCUUUGUCUGUCACUGCAUUUCUUUGUACCUCUCUUGAGUGCUUUGCAACAGUGCCCGAGCUUGGUGUUAGGAAUAUCUACUUAUGUUUUUAGAUUGGAUAAUGUCUUGGCCCUUUUUCAGGCCAAAAAAAAAAAAGUGUUGCGAUAAUAUAGGUUUGCAGCACUGGUCCAAAUGAACCCCUGAAUAACUAAAGAGAGAAUAUGAAAUGCAAAGAUCAGUUAAGUUUGAGUUUAGGAUCGAGUCAUGCAUUUAUGCAUAGAAGCCAAAGCGUACUAUUUUAUCCAGCUACAACAGCUGUUGUCCUGUCACUAACAAAGUGCAUCAGCAAUAAAAAAUUACAGGAAGUAAAAAUUCUGUACAUGAUAUUUUUUUUAGAAUUAUUUUUAACCCUUCUUCAUAUAUAGGUUCCUAGCAGCAACUUGUUUUCACUUCUUAAAAUGGACCUUUAAAAACCUGAAUGAUUUUAGAGAGCUAAAGACCAUAUUAAAUGUCUGAUCUAGGACGAUAAUUCCUUCUAUAUUAUGUAAAAUAUGGUGCAUUUUAUUUUUAUUUUUUAGAUUUAAAACGUUUAUGAAAAUUAGAAAGAUUGUAGGAUGUUCCACAUAAGAGCCUGCUGUCAAAGGGGACUAUCUGAUCACAAAUCGUCACUUUUGCCCUUUGAUGUUAUGUAUUUGACAUUAAUGUCAGCCAGAAGAUCAGUUGAGUUUGGAGGAAAACACGGGGAUGAAAAAAAAAAGAUUUGGCGUAAAAUGAAGAUCAUCGACCGCUACAGAAAAUAUUUUGAUUUAAAUAUUUUUUUCUAUGUUUUGUAUUUAUAUGUUCAAGAUUAUUGUGAUGCAACUUACCUGAUAUGUUUAAUGCCAUUUUUUUGUUUUUGUUUUUAAGGUAAAAUGGCGAAAUUUUGAUCCUGAUUGUAUUAACCCUUUGCACCUCCUCCUGACUUUACUGGCACCAUGAUGUCUUUGGGUUAAAUGAAUAAAUACUGAUAUGCAAAACUAAAAGAGAAAUUAUAAUGUGACUAGUUUAAUGUAUUUGUAAAUAAAUUUAGGAUUCAGUGAGGAAGCAGAUACCUAAUCAGCACUGGCGACGACAAUGUUCAGGGAUGUUCCUCUGCAUGUGUUUGUUAAAUAUACAUGGGCACUUUAACUACCUUCGUUAUAGUGAUUGUAAGUUUAACAGGACAUUUUUUGGUAAUAAGGACAUAUUGUCCAGCGCCUGAAACCAUGAGAUUUAGCUCUUAUUAAUGUGGAAUUUAAUGCAAGAUCAUCAUGCGUGAAUAACAUACGCUAC